CCCGAGUAAACGGAAGCUCGAAGCCGAGCGGUUGCUUGAAUUGGAGAAGCCGAAGGUGCCGUCGCUUCUCUCUUCUCAUCGUUUCUUCUUGUGGCGAUCGUAGCCGAAGAACCCUAACUUCUGUCCUCCUCCUGGUGCUGUUUUCCUUCGAGCUCCCCUCGCAUGGCGUCGGUGGCGUCUUACCUGGUUCUCGGCCGCGGCUUCAGCUGCGCCAAGACCCCCACCCGGCCCCCGAUCGCGUGUCUCCGCCUCUCGCGCGCGGUCUCUUGCAAGAUGCGGAACAGGCAUUUGAGUUCCCAGCAAAAGAGACAGCAAUUUAAAAGGGCUCCUACAGAGCGGCUGUCACUAAAUAUGAAUGCUCAAUCCCAUGACAAUAUCGGUUGUGAACCUGAAGAAGCUAGCUCUGCUGGUGUAUCGCAUUCAAGCCAAAUAACCAUACCAAGCAAUGAUGCUGAGUCUGAUAGUAACAGUGAGACGGAUGUAGCAGUAUCAUCUUUUGAAGAAACUAAUAUGGUGAUUGAGAAUAAUGAUGAACAAGAGCAUCCAAGCAUUCAUCUAGAGGACUUGAUAGCCACGAUCAGGAAUGCUGAGAAAAUUGAAGAACUCGAAAAAAUUCUUUCUGAAAAGGAGGCUUUGCAAGCUGAAAUAAACAAUCUAGAGAUGAAGUUGGCAGAAACAGAUGCACGAAUUAAAGUUGCAGCUCAAGAAAAGAUAAAUGCAGAACUCCUUGAAAAUCAGCUUGAGAAAUUGAAGACUGAAAUAUCUUCAAGGAAUUCUAUUGAGGAAGGAAAGCAUGGUACACUGGAUGAUGAAUCUCCCCUUGUUUUGGAGCUUAAUGACCUGAGGAAAGAAAAUGCGUUGCUAAAGGAUGAUAUACAGAUGCUUAAGUUGAAACUGGCUGAUGUUAGUAAAACAGAGGAGCGUUUACCUUUGCUGGAGAAAAGACAUUCCUUGUUGGAGGCUUCCCUUAUGGAGUUGCAAUCUCAACUGUCAAAUGCUCAGGAUGAUGUUUCAAGACUUGCUUCUCUGCGAUAUGAAUGCAAAGCUUUGUUGGACAAGGUAGAAAAUUUGCAAGCAUUGUUUAAUGAUGCAAGCAGAGUGAUGGACCAGCCUUCUUUAGGUUUACAACAAUAUCAUGAGCUGCAGAAGAAGGUUGACAAGAUAGAAGCAUUAGUGACAGAAGCAACUGUGUCAAAGUUUCCAUCUGAAAAUUUUCACCAUUAUGAUGAGACUUUGCGAGAGAAAAUUGAACUGUUGGAGAAGCAAUUGUGGGAGUCUGACCAAGAAAUGCAUUCUCAAAUUCAGUUGUUUCAAGAAUCAGUUAGAGAAUUUCAUGAUGCACUGGAAAGAUUAAAAGAAGAAAUCAAGAAAAGAUCUCAAGAACUUUCUUUGGAAAAUCUGCCCCAGGAAUUCUGGAGCCGCUUGCUGCUUAUAAUUGAUGGUUGGUUGCUUGAGAAGAAAAUAUCAGUCAAUGAUGCUAAGUUGUUGAGAGAAAUGACAUGGAAGAAGGAUGCUCAGAUUCGUGAUGCAUAUUUAGCAAGCAGAAGCAAGAGUGAGCAUGAAAAGUUGGCUACAUUCCUUAAGUUGACUUACUCUCGUACAAGUCCAGGAAUGCACAUAAUCCAUAUUGCAGCAGAAAUGGCCCCAGUUGCAAAGGUCGGUGGUUUAGGGGAUGUUAUAUCAGGUCUUGGUAAAGCACUACAGAGGAAGGGACACCUGGUGGAAAUUGUCCUGCCAAAAUAUGACUGCAUGCAGUAUGAUCUUAUCACUGAUAUGAAGGCACUGGAUGUUGUAGUAGAAUCUUAUUUUGAUGGACAACUCUUCAGGAACAAAAUUUGGGUUGGGAUUAUUGAAGGUCUUCCUGUCUAUUUUAUAGAACCUCAUCAUCCAGCUAAGUUCUUUUGGAGAGGAAAAUACUAUGGAGAGUACGAUGACUUCAAGCGUUUCUCAUUCUUUAGCCGUGCCGCUGUUGAAUUGCUCUAUCAAGCUGGGAAAAAACCUGACAUAAUCCAUUGUCAUGAUUGGCAGACAGCCUUUGUUGCACCACUUUAUUGGGAUAUAUAUGCUGCCAAGGGUUUUAAUUCAGCUAGAAUUUGUUUCACCUGCCACAACUUCGAGUAUCAAGGAACAGCACCUGCUUCGGAAUUGGCGUCCUGUGGACUUGAUGUCCACCAGCUAAACAGACCUGACAGGAUGCGGGACCACUCAGCAGAUGACAAAGUCAAUACUGUCAAGGGUGCAAUUGUGUUCUCUAACAUUGUUACCACUGUAUCGCCAACUUAUUCUCAAGAGGUCCGCACUGUAGAGGGUGGUCGGGGCCUCCAUGAAACAUUAAAAUCUCACUCUAAGAAAUUUAUUGGGAUUCUUAAUGGCAUUGAUACAGAUGCAUGGAAUCCUUCCACAGAUAACUAUAUCAGUGUCCAGUACAGUGCUGAUGAUCUUCAGGGAAAAGCAGAGAACAAAGAUGCUAUAAGGAAGUGUCUUAAGCUUUCCGGUUCUGAGGGUUCUCAACCACUGGUUGGUUGUAUUACACGGCUCGUACCACAGAAAGGUGUCCAUCUUAUCAGACAUGCAAUAUACUGUGCGCUUGAGUUAGGAGGACAGUUUGUGCUUCUUGGUUCAAGUCCAGUGCCCCACAUUCAACGGGAGUUUGAGGACAUUGCAAACCAUUUCCAGAGCCACUCUCACGUCCGGUUGCUUUUGAAAUAUGAUGAUGCUCUUUCACACUUGAUUUAUGCAGCAUCUGACAUGUUUAUUAUUCCAUCAAUGUUUGAGCCUUGUGGCCUUACUCAGAUGAUUGCUAUGAGAUAUGGUUCUGUUCCAAUUGUAAGAAAAACUGGCGGGCUGAAUGAUAGUGUUUUUGAUGUUGAUGAUAAUACGAUACCAGAACAAUACCAAAAUGGAUUCACAUUUGUCGCACCUGAUGAGCAGGGCCUAAGCAGUGCCAUGGAACGGGCAUUUCAGCACUACAUCAGAAGCCCUGAGAGCUGGCAACAACUUGUUCAGAAGGACAUGAGACUGGAUUUCAGUUGGGAUUCUUCAGCAUCACAAUACGAAGAGUUAUACGAAAGAUCUGUGGCUAGAGCAAGGGCAGCAGCUCGAGUGUAAAAGUUUUAUUUCAUCAACACAUUCGUUAUUCUGUUCCAAUUCUUGAGGCAGGGCCUCUUUUCUGGGAACUGAUACGCUGUGGAAGUAUUUAUCUUUGGGAUGCACUGGGGCAUUCAUUUCUUUGAUCCUUUGCUCCCAGUCUGGCCACUAAUCAUAAUGGGAGAUGGACAAUUUUGAAAUUUUCAUUACUAAUCGAAAGGUUGAAGUUGUGAGAUA